UAUGCUUCAAUUAUUUUAGCCCGGCCCAGGAGAAAAGAUAUUUACAUGUUUUACCUUUGAAAUUUCCGGUGGCAGUUUCAUUUUCAGAGUACAACACCUAAACAGCAUAGUUAAUUUCCAUUUUUCAUUUUUUUUUUUUUUUAAAGCUGAAAUCAGUAAUCAGUAAAAUGUAAUAAAGAAACCCUUUUAUAUUUUCUCCUCGGCAAGCCCGAUCUCUGUUUUGCUCAUUGAUUUCGCCAUCAACAUCUCUCUUCUCCAGAUCUUUGACGCCAUCAUAGUCGAGAACCCAGAUGCUAUAAUCAGUUAUUUGAAUAUCGGGAAGAAAGAAGGUAAAAAUGGUGAAGCUGACAAUGAUUGCCCGUGUCACUGAUGGCCUUCCCCUAGCUGAGGGACUGGAUGAUGGUCGUGAUGUGAGAGACAUUGAACUGUACAAGCAGCAAGUGAAGGCACUGUUUAAGAAUCUUGCUACAGGCCAGAAUGAACCUUCAAGAAUGUCCAUUGAAACUGGCCCUUAUGUCUUUCAUUAUAUCAUUGAAGGGCGUGUGUGUUACCUCACAAUGUGUGAUCGUUCUUACCCUAAGAAGCUUGCCUUUCAAUACUUAGAAGAUCUCAAAAAUGAAUUUGAGCGUGUCAAUGGGGCUCAAAUUGAAACUGCUGCUAGACCAUAUGCCUUCAUUAAAUUUGAUACAUUCAUACAGAAAACAAAGAAAUUGUACCAGGACACCCGUACUCAGCGGAAUAUUGCAAAGUUGAAUGAUGAACUUUAUGAAGUGCACCAAAUAAUGACCCGCAAUGUGCAGGAAGUACUUGGCGUUGGUGAAAAACUAGACCAGGUCAGUGAAAUGUCCAGCAGAUUAACAUCAGAAUCUCGCAUAUAUGCUGACAAGGCAAGAGAUUUGAAUCGGCAGGCCUUGAUUAGAAAGUGGGCUCCUGUUGCUAUCGUGUUAGGAAUUGUCUUCCUCCUUUUUUGGGUUAAGAGAAAGCUCUGGUGAUCUAAAUGCCUAAGAAUUGUUGCAUCAUUUUACUGGGUUUCUCUUUGUUGCUGCCAUUUACUUGCGUUCAUCGGGGAUACGUACUAAAGGGAACUUUUGAGUGGGACCUAGAUGCACAGGAAGACCUAAGUCAUGUUUCAAGCUGGACUGUAGAUUUUGUUCGUGGGAAAGUGCCUUACGACGACCAUGUGGAAAUGUGAAAGAGAGACCCCUUACUUUACAAGUUAAUGAUAGAAAAACACAUUAGAUACUAGCAACUUUCGAAACUAUCAGUACUUGAUUGAGGCUUUAUUGAUUACAUGAUUAUGGCAGUCCAAUAUGUGAUCUAACGCUUACUACAAUUUUUAGAUUGCCUUAUUAUUUGGGUGACCGUUGUCUUUUUAAUUUAUUUAUUAGUUUUCUGAUAUUAUUCUGGC